AUGGAUUUUGAUUUGUUUAACAAUUUCUGUAUGAGUAGAGGUCCAAGGAGGAGGAUUACUUUGGAGCUGACUAGAAGAGUAUUGAGACUUUGGAGAAGCAUCGUCAUCAUCAACAUCUUCAUCAUUCAUUUGGGAGGCUUGGGGAAACUCAGUGUUGACAUGUUCAAUAAUUCUUUCUGUCUUGAACUUGUCCCUCCAUUUAAUGGAGAAUUGUCUGGAGAGAAUAUGCGAUUCCCAGUUGACUUUGUAGGACCAUUUGAGAAUCCAUGGAGCCUUGUAUUUGGCAAUAAAAAUUAA